GCGUCGGCGUCCACUUGGUCACGAGGUGGUUAUUAUGUCUUCCAUCAGUUUAUCUGAGGUAGAGCUUCGCGCAUGGCUUGACGCAGCUCUCAAUUCCUUCCUUUUCGAGUUUUAUGCCCAUGGUGUCUAUACCGGGAUAUACGCCAUAUCCAUACGAGUGUUAGGUAUGCGACAUUUCCUCACUCAGGAUGUCCCUUCCGCUUUUUUUUCUGACUAGGCAUUAGCCAAAAAUGCCAUCUCUAGAACACGCAUGUGUAUGUGCUGCGUCAGUACAAUCUUGUACAUUCUCUGUACGAUUCAGUUCGCCGCGUUCUGGGUUGAAUUGCGCACGGCCUUUGUGUACGGGACAUCUUUGCAGUCGCAGUAUGAUAUGAUGCCUAACGGCGUUCCCGAGUAUUUGAGGAUCCUGAGGUCUGUAGGUUCUUCUCUGAAUAUCGUCAUCGCGGACUGUAUCAUCAUUUGGCGCUGUUGGGUUGUUUGGGAAUAUGACUGGAAGGUAACGGCCUUGCCACUUUUAUUAACCGCAAGCGGGAUAUUCUGCGGCAUCGAGCUUGAUAUUCACCAAUACAGAGUGUCGUUGAUUGACGACGUUCAGAAGAAAUGGGCAGUGGCUACCAUCACUAUGACAUUGGUAGUCAAUGUUCUGUGCACCGUACUCAUCAUCGCCCGUAUCGUCUUGGUUAUCGGGAAACAGCGUGGUGUCUUUAGAAGCAUUCGGGAUUACCGCAGUAUCAUUGAGAUUCUCGUGGAAUCAGCUGCAUUAUACACUCUCAGCUAUAUGGUGCUCGCGGCAUUAUAUCCUUUGAAUCGUGUUGAGUCUCAGUACCCCGAAAUGUUGGUUUAUCCCAUCACGGGUAUCGCGCCUACCUUGCUCAUGGCGCGAGUUGCUUCUGGUCAAGCUCAUCCCGAAGAAUCUGCGUAUGGAAUACAAUCUUCUUUGCACUUUCAGAUGGCUUCCAGUGCGAGUAGCACCGCAACGGCUAUCGAUGGAUUCCAGGAAGAUAUGAUUGACGACAGUUUCGCCGCUGGGGAAUAUUCAUCAAUUAUAGGGCGAGAGACAUACCGCACCGUCGAAGAAGUUUGACGACAGACAAACUGGGCAUACGCUUUUUUCUUAGCGGGGCUAACUAUCAGAUUACUUGUUGGUAUCCGGAGCUCACUCGCAUAUACCACAUAAAAGUUAUUAUGUUUUAUUCCUGCUACGUUGAU